AUUGUAAAUAAAUAAAUAAUUCCAAAUAAAUAAUUGUAGCUUUCAGUCAGUUUUAUUUUUAAGGCACAUUAUGGUAGUCUCUGAUUUUUAUUUCUAAAAUUAAGAACAUUUCACGGGAUGUGCAAAUGAUCCCUGUUUGAUGUAUGCAGCUAAAUAUCGUGUACAGAUCGGUACAAGUUUGAUACGUUAAAGGAAACUCGAAAGCGUUGAUUCUCGCGUUUUGGAAGACAUCUGCUCUUUGCUUCUUGCCUGACUCUCGUAGAUUUUGAUACGGCUCUUAAAAUAUGGCACCAAAAGGCAAAGGAGAUGAAAAAGCGCCGCCACCUCUAAUCGGUCGUGUGGGAACUACGUUGAAAUCGGGAAUUGUUGGCUUGCCGAAUGUUGGUAAAUCUUCCUUCUUCAACGUUCUGACGAAAAGCUCUGUCCCCGCGGAGAAUUUCCCGUUUUGCACGAUUGAUCCAAAUGAAAGUAGAGUAGCGGUUCCCGAUGAACGGUUUGAGUUUUUAGUGAAAUAUCACAAACCGGCUAGCAAAGUGCCGGCUUUCCUGAGCAUCGUGGAUAUCGCUGGCUUAGUGAAAGGAGCUGCAGAAGGACAGGGAUUAGGGAAUGCAUUUUUAUCCCACAUCAGCGCUUGUGAUGCGAUUUUUCUUAUGCUCAGAGCAUUUGAGAGCGAAGACAUCACCCACGUGGAAGGGGAUGUUAACCCAGUGCGUGAUAUCGAUAUUAUUCUGGAGGAGCUGCGCUUAAAAGAUGAAGAAAACUUGAAAUCGGUCGUGGAUAAACUGGAACGAGCCUGUGUUCGUGGCGGAGAUAAAAAGCUCAAACCCGAAUAUGAUGCCUUAGUUAAAGUUCAGAAGCUGGUGGUCGAGGAUAAAAAGCAUAUCCGAUUUAGCGAGUGGAGCGAGCAUGAGAUCGAAGCUCUGAAUAAGCAUCUGUAUUUGACUGCUAAGCCCAUUAUUUACCUGGUCAAUCUGUCAGAGGAAGACUUUAUAAAAAAGAAGAACAAAUGGUUGCCAAAAAUUAAGGAAUGGGUCGACAAAAAUGACCCCGGUGCCAGUAUAAUUCCGUUGAGUGUGGCAUUCGAGUGUAAGAUCAUCGACAUGCCGGAUGACGAACGGCAGGCAUACUGCGAGCAGAAUAAAGUCCACGGCGCGCUGGAUAAAAUCGUUACAACUGGUUUCCGGGCGCUUCAACUGCAGUACUUUUUCACUGCCGGGGAAGAUGAGGUCAAAGCAUGGACAAUUCAGAAAGGCACAAAAGCUCCCCAAGCCGCUGGAAGAAUUCACACCGAUUUUGAGAAGGGAUUUAUUAUGGCUGAAGUUAUGAAGUUUGAUGAUUUUAAAGAACUGGGAUCCGAAUCUGCAUGCAGAGCAGCUGGGAAAUACCGACAGCAAGGACGAAAUUAUGUGGUGGAAGAUGGGGACAUAAUAUUUUUCAAGUUUAACGCUGGAGCCGGACUUCAGACGAAAAAGAAAUUGCCCACAAUGACAAAAACAGCAAAUGCAGUGACCGUUAAGACGGAGCCUGGAACAUUCACAGGCCAAGUGAUCCAGCUAAACCCUCAGACAUUAGCCGCGCUCCAGAGCGCCGGUGUUCAGCCCAUUCAGAUUGACAGCGCCACCGCCGGCAGUUUGUUGGCCGGCCAGCAAAUCUCACAAAUAAUCCAGAUCCCUCAGAACAUCUCCCAAGCGGCGCUGCUUAGCUCGCUGCAGGCAGCCGCAGGACCGGGCCAAAAAAUCAUUGUGCAGUCGAUUACGCCGACGUCCUCUCCUGCGGCACAGACAACGACAGCGGCCACGGUGCCGCAGAUCGUCCAGGCCCUGCCCGUACAGACUACGGUCUCCUCCUCCCAAUCCAAUAGCAGCGGCGUCCCCGUGCAGAUCGCCGUCAACCAGCCCAACGGGCAGGUCUCCUACCAGACCAUUCAUAUUCCCUGGUCUGUUCUGCAGACGGGUGGCACGUCCUCCGUCAACGUCGUGACGUCCAACAGUAGCCCCGCCCCGGUGGUGCCGGCGCCUUCCACAGCGUCGACGAGCAGUGUGGCGUCUAGUGCGUCGUCGACGGUGUCUUCCUCCACGGGUAGUCAGAAUAACCCGACCAAAUCGACAGUCUCCACCACGACCAGUGCUUCCACUCCGCAGAUCAUUACACUGAAAGCGGACGACGUCGCUAACGGUGUGCUGUCGGGGGCACAGUUGACCACCGUGUCUGCCAAUCAGCUGACACCCAUCCUCAUUCAGCACAAUGGGCAACUGAUGCAGGCGUAUAAUGUGACCGGUGCCAUUCGCGGCGGGAAUUUGCAGAUACAAGGCCUUACCGGUGGACAAGGCACGAUCCAGGUUAUUCCUCAGGGAUCGACAACAAUUAGUUUGGGGUCGGGCUCUACACAGAAUACCACCCAGAUUACCGGAGCCGGUGGGGCAAAGCUGGAGGUGGUGUCAGUAGUUCCGCUAAGUUCUUCGCAGGGGAUCCAACUGCUGAGUGGGAGCCAGUCUAGCUUGGAUUCAUCCGGAAACUCUUCGAAGCGGCAAAAACGAGUAGCCUGUGAUUGUCCAAAUUGCCGGCGGAAUGAUGGUGCUCGAACGCCGGAUAGAAAGAAACAGCACAUUUGCCAUUAUCCAAACUGUAACAAAAUCUAUGGCAAAACCUCUCAUUUGCGCGCCCAUUUAAGAUGGCAUUCCGGUGAACGGCCAUUUGGAUGUACUUGGAUGUUCUGUGGCAAACGAUUUACCAGAUCCGAUGAGUUACAGCGUCACAUCAGAACUCACACAGGAGAAAAAAGGUUCGCUUGUGGGGAUUGUGGAAAGAGAUUUAUGAGAUCUGACCAUUUGAGUAAACAUAUUAAAACGCAUUCAAAAAAGAAAAGCGAUAAAGGAGACAAAUCCGAGACAACGAUAAUGACUGCGGACAAGAUCGAACUUAUACCAGCAACUGUAGUGCCGGUAUAGUCAAGAUAUUUACUUGAAUGGUUGGUAGUUUUAUGUUUUAUUAUGUUUUGGCAGACUUGUCGGGCUACCUUUUGUAAUAUUUGUACAGUUUUGUUACCUUGUUAGUUUUCCAUUUAAUGGAAGUUAUUAUGGUAACUGAUAUUACUGCUUGCUUUCACUCUUGGCCUGGCCGGUUCAGGUGGAAGAACUGGAGGUCCGAGAAAUUUCAUCGUUUUAUCGGUUAACGUUCAGCUGGUGUUACCGUGCUGUUUUUGAGUAUUCAUGUGGUAUUACUGAUACGGUACUAGUAUCUUCGUUGGUGCUCGUACGGUUUGUAGCCGUUAUAUAUGGCUGCUAUUCGCCCAUUUGUGUAUACGUGUAGAGUAAAUUAUGAAGAACCUG